CACAUUAAUUACCACUACCAAGACCACUUAAUCUCCAGUGCAGCACUGGGCUGGCUCACUUGCCUCGCCCUGCGGAACUUUCAAAGGAUACCGAAGAAUCUCGUAUUUUAAGCUUGGUAAACUCAAUCCUGGCCAUAUACAUUAUCAAUUUCUUUCGAAUUAAUGGACCCAUGGCAACAAGGGGAUACCAACGUCCAAUGGGCUGUGAUGUUCCGAGUCUUGUUCAGUACUUUGAAAGAGGGCAGUCGGAAGUCUCUCCGCGUUCUCUCUUCCACUAUCAUCGGUACUAGGCUAUUGAUCGUCCCGAAAAGGACGUUGAAGCGUCUUGAGCAAUGGGGCUCUCGUGUUCUACCCUGUUGAUUAUCCUUGUCUGUUCCCGGCUCUCAAGUCUGGACCGACCCGUCAUUCGCUGAUACUCACCCCCUCUGGGGCAAUACAACCUUAUUACCCCUGCAGUCACGCUUCAAAGUCUCCUUGAGGAGGCCUUGGGCAGAUGGAAGAGAAAGAAAAAAACAGAAUUCAGCGAGCGAUCUAGCCCUGGACGGGCUCGGUCCCUAUUAUCUACCCCCUUGGCCUCCUCGUGGCUUACUUCUUUCAAGCGCCUGUGGAGACUGCUCCAAGACAGACAUGCCGUCUCUAUCAACAUCCCUACUGCACAUCGUGGCUGACACCAAGGGGAGCCGGCGUUCGUGUCUCCUACAUUAUGAACUUUGCCUGCUGUCCUACCGUCUCUCUUUUUCUCGUCCAAGGAGUGUUUUCUCUGUCCGUCGUUACCUCUUCCAUUUUACUAAUUAAUUAAUAAAGACAGCGAAAAUGGCACCUUCAAUCGUUCAGGUUGCCUUCUCGUUGUUGUUCGCAGGUUCUGCUGUUGCCAGUUCCGAUGUUGCCUCUGCACCAUUGGAAAAUCGAUAUGCUGCUGUGUUAGACAAGAGAGUGAUCCCGACAACUCUGCCGGGCACAUGGGCCUAUCAAGGAUGUUACUCAGAAGGAGCGAAUCGUGCUUUGGGAGGACAAAUGUACGCCAAUGCCACGGGGAUGACCAUUGAAUCUUGCAUUGCCUUCUGUGACAGCAAGGGAGCUUACUUUGCGGGAACCGAGUAUUCGUCAGAAUGCUAUUGUGGAAACAAGAUCGAUUCUACUUCGCUCCUUUCGCCAGCAACUGACUGUUCCAUGUCCUGUUCUGGAAACACAACACAGACUUGUGGAGGUCCAGCAAGAAUAUCGGUAUUUUGGAAUGGAAGCAACCCACCUCCAGGGCCGUCAACAAAUCCAGGAACAGGAGGAUAUGGAUUCUUUGGAUGUUACACUGAAGGAACUACAGGCCGCUGCCUCACCAACCCAGUAACAGUCACCGGUGGAAUGACUGUUGGCCUUUGCGUACAAGCAUGCAAGACCGCCGGUUAUUCUAUGGCUGGUAUUGAAUACGCAUCUGAGUGCUGGUGCGGCAACGCGAUCAGUAAUGGAGCCGUUGUAGCUCCAGGAGGUAUUUCCGAGUGUAAUAUGCUUUGCAAUGGCAACAGCUCGGAAUAUUGUGGAGCAGGUGACCGUUUGAAUGUGUACAAGCUUGGUUACGAGGGCGUCUCUUCGUCUUCUGUGGCCUCUUCAACGAGGUCAUCUUCCACGUCGAGACCUGUCACAGUUAUCUCCACAACCAGCCGAUCAAGCACAAGCACCAGGGCAUCAACCUCCAGCACUCGAACCUCCACUUCCAGCACCAGAUCAAGCUCCAGCACACGUGUAUCAAGUGUGUCAAGCAGAAGCUCCAGUAGUCGAUCAAGUUCCAGUACUCGAUUGUCCACAUCCAGUACCGGAUCCAGCUCAACUUCCAGAUCUUCAUCGACAAGUUCAAGGUCAUCAACUGUUUCCAGCACACGUGUUUCCUCUGUUUCCUCAAGCUCUUCCCGAGUUUCAUCGUCAACCGCCGCCACGGCUUCCUCAACUGUUCUCGCAAUCAAGCCCGUAGUCGGUGCUUACGGCUUCCAAGGAUGUUACACUGAGGGUGUCGGUGUUCGUGCCUUAUCUGGCGCAACAUACAUCGACUAUGUUGGAAUGACCCUCGAGAUCUGUGCUUCGAAAUGUGCUGGGACCACGUAUUUCGGCGUUGAGUAUGGAGGAGAAUGCUAUUGCGGAAACACUCUCGAUGCCACUUCUGUACUUACAGCCAACCAACUUGAGUGCAGUUUCACUUGCCCAGGCGAUAAAUACGAGUACUGCGGUGCUGGUAACAGACUCCAGCUCUACAAGCUUGGAGCCGCAGCUUCCAGUAGCAGCGCUUCCGUUCCAACCGGAUCCCGAAGCUCAACCUCGACUGGCGUUUCCACGACAUCUUCACCAUCGUCGACUGCCGGCCCAGCUGGAUACAUCUACUAUGGCUGCCAAACAGAAGGAACUGGUGUACGAGCUCUCAGCGCUGCUGCAUCUGCAUCUGACCUGAUGACUGUCGAAAUGUGCCAGGCUAGCUGUGCUUCGUAUACCUAUUUCGGUGUCGAAUACGGCCGUGAAUGUUAUUGUGGAAACUCUCUUGCAGCAAGCAGCGUUGCCGCGCCCGCAACCGAUUGCAAUGUACCAUGUAUGGGUAAUACCGCACAGAAGUGUGGUGGUGGAAAUCGACUUGAUGUCUACGUCAAAAAUGGUACUGCUGUCCCUACAAAGCCAACAGGAUCCUCCACCAGCGUCAGCACCUCGACAUCCACACCACUUGCAUCCGGUCUUCCAGCCGGUUGGGUCUCUGAUGGAUGUUACAGAGAAGGUACCACUGGUCGUGCUCUUCAAAACCAACAGCCAGACAGCCAAGCGAACUCUGUCCAGGUCUGCAUCAACACAUGCAAAAACCUCGGCUACAAAGUUGCUGGUAUGGAAUAUGGUACUCAAUGUUUCUGCGAUAACUUCCUUUACAAUGGUGCCGCUCCUGUCGCAGCCACUUCUUGUAACAUGGCUUGCCCGGGUAAUCCAAGUCAAACGUGUGGGGCGGGUGACUUCCUCAACAUCUACCACACUGGAAACCUGACAACGUACAAAGCUCCAACGUCCCAAUCAACUGAUCUCCCAGGAAAUUGGGUAUACCAAGGGUGUUAUUCGGACAAUGUUAAUGACAACCGCGCUUUGUUCUGGCAAAGUAUCCUGACGACCAACAACAGUGCCACCACUUGUCUUGGUCUUUGCCAGAAGUAUGGUUUCAUGGCUGCCGGUAUGGAGUAUGGUGACGAAUGUUUCUGUGGUGACGAGUCUGUUCGUGCAGCUUCGGGUUCAGUCAAGGUCGCUGAAGCCGAAUGUCAAGUCAAAUGCUCUGGAGAUAAUAACUACUAUUGUGGAGGAGGAAGUCGCCUAUCAUAUUACAGAUGGAUCGGAGGCGAGCCUUUGAACGUUUGGGCUGAACCUACUGGUAUUAAUGCUGGCUCCUACGAAUUCCUUAUUGGUGGUGUUGUUGUUCCUCUUAUUACAACCACCGGUAUCAACAACAAGGUCGUCUUCAUGGAGAAGUCCGGCACCGGUGCACCAAACACCACUGGUACAUACGAGCUUGAUCUCACCGUCUUGAACGACUUCAGCAAAGCCUGGAGACCCUUGCAUGUCAAGAGUGAUAUCUUCUGCUCAGCUGGUGUGACUCUGCCAGACAAAAAGGGAAGACAACUCAACAUUGGAGGAUGGGCCGGACCAUCGACAUAUGGUGUCCGUCUCUACACCCCUGAUGGGUCUGACGGUGUUUGGGGAACCAAUGAUUGGCAAGAGAAUGUCAACGAAGUCACCCUUCUUGAAGGUCGUUGGUAUCCAUCCGCAAUGGUCAUGGCCAACGGUUCAGUCCUUGUUCUCGGUGGCGAGGUUGGUUCCAACAGUGCUCCAACACCUUCUUGCGAAAUCCUUCCUCCACCACCAGGAGGAUAUGCCAAAUACUUGGACUGGCUAGACCGUACUGACCCUGAUAACUUGUACCCUUUCAUGUUCGUCCUCCCCAGCGGUGGUAUCUUUGUUGUGUACUACAACGAGGCACGUAUCAUUGAUGAGAAGACCUUCGAUACUGUUAAGACUCUCCCCAACUUGCCAGGGUCCGUCGUCAAUUUCCUUGCAGGCCGAACAUACCCUCUCGAAGGUACCGGUGUCAUGCUUCCUCAGUACCCACCAUACUCUGCUCCGGUCACAGUUUUGGUAUGUGGUGGUUCUGCCAAUGGUGCCGCAUAUGCUAUUGACAACUGCGUCUCUACUCAACCUGAAGUCGCUGCUCCAGAAUGGACUAUCGAGCGUAUGCCCUCUCAACGUGUCUUGUCUUGCAUCUGCGCCCUUCCAGACGGAACCUACUUGAUCCUCAACGGAGCUAAGGAAGGUGUCGCGGGCUUUGGUCUUGCCCAGGACCCUAAUUACAAUGCAGUCCUUUACGACCCAUCCAAGCCUGUAAACCAGCGUAUGUCGAUCAUGGCCACCACUAUCGUCGCCCGUCUUUACCACUCGGAAGCCAUUCUUCUUCCAGACGGACGUGUCCUAGUCUCCGGAUCCAAUCCCGAAGAUGGCGUCCACCCAGAAGAAUACCGAGUCGAGGUCUUUAACCCACCAUACGCCCUCACUGCCGCCGCAGCUCCAUCCUUUACAAUCAACAACAAGGAUUGGGCCUACGGAGCUGCCAUCCCAAUCACAGCCAAGAUCCCCUCCGGCGCCUUCGGCACCGUUAAGGCUUCUAUGAUGGCAGCUGUCUCCUCCACCCACGGUAACUCGAUGGGUCAACGUACUCUAUUCUUGACAAUCACCUGUUCCGGUGCCCCAGCUACCGCGGCAUGCACACUUACUGCCCCUCCAUCCGCCCACGUCGCUCCACCAGGAUGGUAUCAAAUCUUUGUACUUGACAACGGCAAGCCAUCUAAGGCCAAUUGGAUCAGAAUCGGAGGAGCAAUCGCUGAUGCAGCUGGGCUUGGAAACUGGCCCAAUACUCCCAGCUUUACAGCUCCUGGUCUCGGAGCCGUUGGCACAUAAGCAUGCUUUAUUGUUGAGGAGAUGCAUGGGUUAUAGUAAUCGAGUUCAAGAUAGAGCUGUAGUAAUAGACGGGAAAUAUAAGGGGAGCAUGGCCGAAAUCUAUAGAGCGCAAUGUUAUUCAUAUUGUAAUUUCCUUUCAUUCGUCAGCCAAAUACAACGCAUAGUUCUUUUCCAAAUGAAGCAUCGAAGCUCAAUUUCAUCACCGUAUUGACAGCAGUCUCUAUCCGCUCUAAUAUAGAAUACCUCAUGUGCUUGGGGAAAGUACAGAUAAGGAAAAAGACAUUUAGGCAGGUAUACUAUAGACUGCACAUGAAAGUUCUUCUUUGGAAUAGCUGAUUUUCGAC